UAUAGGUUUUUCUAUUAACUAUUUUCAUGUUAAUUACAUUAAUAUUACCGACUGUGUACGUAAUAGUAUAAAAUGCAAGAAAUGUAGAGGUUUUAAAGGAUAUUUAUAAUUCAGCAGGAUGUACAAAGUGUUGUUAGUGUUUUCCCCGAACUAGUGUGAGACAGGUCACGUGAUUAAACUGUCAUGGUUGCCCACAUUGGGCAUGAGGUGAUGCUUGCUAAAGUCGUUCCAACGUUGUGCAGCCUUUGCUUAGCAAAAUGAGUGUCCACAAGUCAGGAAACCGGUUAAUUCGACACGCAUUUCUAUCAUACAGCAGCUCUUGUCAGCGGUGUUUUAGUUCUUGCUUAUUGAGAAACGGCAUACCUUCACCAAACCAGCUUGGACAUUCAAGCUUUUGGAGAGUUCAUUCGAAAGCCAGUUCCACCAGGUGCUGUGUACCUAGAACCUGGUCUAGAGUUAGGUUUUACACACAAGAUGGUACACAAGAUAAUAUUUUAAAGACAGAAGAAGAAGGAAAAAGUGCAGACCACCUUAAAAAUGCCACACGUCCAGCUGUGGAGAAGGAUGCAACAAUUGUCCUUCAUCCACUCUCUGAAGAAAAUGAACCUGAGUUUCAAGGCCCAGAGAGGCGUGGGGCACUAUUUUAUGACUUGCUGACAGCCUGCCAGUCUCCCUCUGAUGUGCUGGAUCUGGCGGAGAAAUACACUCUGACCUGGAGGCGAGUGAGUAACAGCUUGACCAAAAUCUGGGAGACCACCAAGAAGUUGCCAGAAGAGCAGAGACGAUAUGAGAGGAGGCUGAUGUUCGAGCACCCAGUUUUCGAGCAGCUUUGUCAGCGCUUGAUGGAGGAUUCUCACAAGAUGAGAAGUGACGAUCUGGCCUAUAGCCUCCUGGCUUUGGUGAAACUUGGUGUGUCACAGCGCAGCCAAGUCAUACAAACACUUCUUAGAGUCAUCCAGGAGAACCUGAAUAAGUUUGAAGAGAGAGCUCUUUCUGUGCUGGCAAAUUGCCUGGAGGAGAUGGAGGGGAGUGUAAAUGUUGAUGCCCUGAAAGCUGGUCUGAGGCUGCUGGUUGAGAUUCGCAUUCCCAAGAUUAAAAAUGUGGCAGCCCUGCAGACCAUGAUGAGAUGCAUUGGCAGAGAUGCCCCGGUGUCCCUGAAGAGAAAACUUGAGCACAAAGCACUGUCUAUGGUAAGACAGUUCUCUGUCCCCAAUUCUCAGUAUAUGUUCACAACACUGGCAGCAAUGAAUUUUCCAUCUAAAGCUUUACUGGACUUCUGCAGUAACAAAAUUGCUGAGAACAUUCAUGGGAUCCCCUUCUGGAGGUUGAUGUAUGUGCUGCAGUCUUCCAGAGACCUGCGGUACCACAAUUACACCCUUCUCUCUGCUAUUGGCAGUUAUGUGGCAUCCACCUUUGACAUGUGGAGCAGUAAGCAGGUUAUCCUCUUUCUGUUGCUGUUUGAAGAUCAUGGUUUCCGCCAUGUUGGGUUAAUGGACACCUUUGCUGAGACAGUGAUGAAGGACCCAGACUCCUUGAUUCUGAAGGAUGUCCUGAAUAUUUUGAAAGUAUACUCCCAGUUAAACCAUUUUCCUCAGAGACACGGACAGCAGUUCCCAGAAAGUCUGAGCAAUGUGUUGGAGACAUAUCUCUCUAAGAUCCUCCCUGCUGAGCUCCUGAGGGGAGUCUUCUCCCUCUGUCUGCUGGGACAUUUCUCAAAUGUGCUUAUGGACAAACUUCAACAGAAGGAUGUGCUUGAUGAGCUGCUCUUUCAAGAGGGCAGAAACCAAGGAAUGCAUGAGCGGAUGUUGCACUAUGUGAACCUUUGUCUGCAGCUGGAUAGUCCCUUUGUCUCCAGCACCACAGCGCUGAGUGUAGCCAAGCCACCCUCAACAACAUUCCCUGUGAACCUGGAGCUGCUUAGGACUCUGCAGGUUAUUCUGGAAGGGAGAUCAUUCCAGAAGGAGGUGCUGUUGGAGAACGGCUACUUCAUAGAUUUUUCAAUUACCCUGGAGAAGACCGUGAAAAAUAUCUGUGAUUCGACACAGGAAAAUGAAGCAGCUAUAUCUGAAGACUGCCGAAGAGUGGCAGUGCUGUGUGGACAAUCUUCUUCUUUCUGCCUUGGUACCCUCCACCCCAGGGGCAAGCUGGCCAUGAAAAUGAGGCACCUUGCAGCCUUGGGUUAUGACACUGUACUGGUUCCAAAGCAUGAGUUUGAGACCCUCUCAGAAGAAGAAAGAGUGGAGUUUCUAAAGAAAAGAAUAUUUGCACAAACAGAAACUACAGGAGUUGUUUCAAACCAAGAGUUUGAAACAAGUCAUCGUUACUAACUGAGCAGAGGGCUGCACAGAUGCACAACUCAUUCAAAUAACCUUAUCUGAUAUUGUGUAUGACAGAGCUGGGGAAAAUAUACUGUAAUUGCCUCAGAAGAUCAACGAGCAGGUCGGUGAUAACUGAGCAUCAAAAUCGAAUAUCUGUAGUAACAAGGAAAUGGAUGAAGUAAGAAACAACUGUUUGACCUGUGACCAAAGAAAGACUGGCUGCUGAGAUCUGGUAUUUCUAAACUUGUGACCAUCCUGUUAAAAAAAAAAUGUACCAGAGAGUAAACAAACUCCACAUCUGCUGUUACCAGCUUUCUGUUUCUGUCAGGAUUUGCUGCAUUUGUAUGUAAAGUCUGUUGUCUACAUCGAUGAUAUAGACAUCAGAAACCUCUUUUAAUAAAUAAAAGUGCUUUGAAACCAUG